UCUCGUCUUUUUCCUGAUCUGGGGAGGACAGCAGGAUGGAGGACAGGGUGUGGACUGUGUGCCUCCUUGUCAUUUUGACAUUGGGAUGGACCGAUGCUCAGACUAACAGCAGUAACUUAAGGCCAGUCUUCGCCUGUGGAGGCCACCUGGUCACAGACUCGGGCAUCGUGGCCAGCGAAGGUUUCCCUAGUUACUACAAACCCAACAGUAAAUGCAUCUGGUACAUCACUGUGCCAGAGGGUCACGUAGUCAUGCUGUCUUUCCGCCUCUUCGACAUGGAGGCUGACCCCACCUGUCGCUAUGACUACCUGGACGUCUACAACGGUCACUCCCGCUUGGUGCAGAAGCUGGGACGUUUCUGUGGGACGUUCAGACCCGGUGCCCUCAUCUCCACCUCCAACACCAUGAUGCUGGAGAUGGUGUCGGACGACGCCACCGGAGGAAGAGGCUUUCUGGCUUCCUUCAAUGCAGGAAAGCCACAUAUGGAAGAGAACCAGUUCUGUGGAGGACGGCUGACCAAAGAGCAGGGCUCGGUCAGGACACCCAACUGGCCUAACUCCAAUUACCCAGCAGGUAUCAGCUGCUCCUGGCACAUCUCCGUAGAGCCGAGCAAUGUGAUCGAGGUGAAGUUUGAGAAGCUGGAUUUGGAGUCCGAUACGUACUGUCGUUAUGACUACGUGGCGUUGUUUAACGGGGGAGAGAGCGACGACUCGAGGAGGAUCGGGAAAUUCUGCGGUGAUAGACCACCAGGAACUAUAGUGACAAAUGGUAAUGAGCUCCUUGUCCAGUUUGUGUCUGACCUCAGCGUGACCUCAGAUGGAUUCAUGGCCUACUAUUCCAGUGUGCCCCGUGGGUCCCGAAGACCCACCGCUGGAGGUGAUUUCAUCUUCAGACCUCAGACCACCUCCCUGCCACAAAAACCAACGGCAAGGCCAAACAAACCUACCAAACCCACCGCUAAACCAAGUCCCAAACCAAUUCCCAAACCAACUCUCAAACCAACUCUCAAACCAACAGCCAAACCAACUCUCAAACCCACUGCCAAACCAACUGCCAAACCCACGGUCAAACCCACGGCCAAACCAACUGUCAAACCAAGACCUGGCCUUGUGGUUAAAGCCACCCCAAAACCAAUCAAAAGACCAUCGGGGAGGACGCCCCUGGUUAAAAAACCUCUUCUGCGCAGACCUACUGCUAAGCCUGGCAUCAAGCCAACACUUAAACCCAAACCGGCUAAACCCACACCUAAGCUACCUGUGAAAAAGCCUACACCUAAACCUGGAGCUAAGCCUACACCAAAAACUAAGAUUGUUAAGCCAACGCUCAAACCAAGAAUUCAAGCUAAACCCACGCAUAAACCUGCACUGACGACCAAGCCCACUGUAAAGCCAAGCGUCAAACCAGUGAAGCCGACCCCUAAGAUUAAAGUUAAACCAACAAUCAAACCUAAGAUAAAGCCUAAGCCAUCACCGAAACCAGGAUUAAUCAAGACUGUGACGAGGAAGCCUGCAGUGAGCAAGAAACCUAUACCGCUAAACCCACUGUGUACACAAGCCUGUAAGAGGACGGGAACUCUCCAGUCCAACUUCUGCCCUCAUGACUUUGUAAUUGCUGGUAAGGUUACAGGUUUGAGCCCCGGCCCUGGGGGUUCUGCAACAAUCGAGGUGUCACUGAUCAAGGCCUAUAAGACAGGACGCCUCAACAUCUCCAAAUCAGGACCAAUCAUGUCGGUCAUGCUGACCUCCACCUGCAAGAGAUGCCCUGGGAUAACCAAAGGCCUUAACUACGUGUUGAUGGGAAAAGUGGACGAACAGGGCAACGGCCACCUCGCCCCCUCCAGCUUCACUCUCCUCUACAAGCCCAUCCACGCCAAAGCACUGGCCGCCCUUUCUCGCAAAUCCUGCUGACACAACAGCCCGAUCGCAUUCGGAGCUCUUCAAAGAAUUUCACUUUACAAUAAAAGAAAAUGAAAAUAUUAUCAGCAAUAACCAGCAAGAUUUUUUUUACAUGAUAUUGUUGUGAAAAGCAG